GUUAGGCUGUAGAAACUAAUUCAAACCACUUCACGCACCAUCAAUGAUUGGUAGAGAGAGAAGAUCGUGUUAGAGAUAGGGAGAAGCACCAUCAAGGGUUUUCCUCUUUGAAAACUAAGAUCCUGCAAGCCAAAAUUGUAGCAUGUUGGAAGACAAGAUCGAGUUGGAGUCGCGGAAGCUUAGUGCUCUAUUUCGCAGAAGGGAGUCAGUCUGUUUGACAAUGAGGUCAGUAGACUUGAAGCUGCUUCAAUGGAGGCGGUGAUUCCUUUCUGUCCAGAUAUGGUAGAUCGUAGCUUGCCAGACAGUGAAGAGGAGGAUCUUUGCAUCACGGGUUCCUUGGAAGUUGAUGAGUCGUUGGAGACAGUCGGACCAAGAACAGAUAGGGGAAAAGGAGCACCGAUUGGAUAUGAGAUUCCAGAUGGUCCAGCUGAACGGACAGUCGAAGAAUAGAUGGUCACGACUCUCCUCAGCCGAACCACACAACAGACAUGAAGGAUCUACCGAUAGGCCCCAAGAUCGAAGUCUGUCCCGAGUUGGACAUAUGUUCAACACAAAAAGCCAUGUUGUACCCUCCAGGAGCCUUGACACCAUAGGUCAGCAAUGGUUGAUCUUUGCGGAAUUCCAAGAGGUCCCUCAUUGCUCAGAUAAGUCGACAUCUGUCCAAGAUUACACCAGUGAUCACUCCAGAACCUACACCUGUAUUUCAGAUAUCUUCAUUUGUAUUAGUCCUGUCCCCUGUGUGGUGAGUGGAACGAGUCUCGGGACCACCUUUUCUUUGCCUGCCCGUACACGUUCUCUAUUUGGUCAGCUUUGAGCAUUCCACUACUCCGUCGCACUCCAAACCCUGACUGGUCCAUCACUUCGAGGGUUCUCACCCGUAAAACCUCCCCAUCCAUCGACGUAGCUCUCCUUCGUCUCCUCUUCAAGACGGUGAUAUAUUUUGUAUGGCGGGAACGUAAUGGGCGUAUCCACAAUAGGGGCCCCCCCGUAGCUACUUUGCCCUCACUUAUAUGGUUGUCGAUGAGGUCACUCUCCGGUUAACAAGUCUCCAACGUCCGCGAAAUGUUGUGAGUCCUCUUAUGGAACACUGGUCUAGUCUCCUGGACCGUUUGUCCCAUACUCUGUUUUUGAAAAGCUCUGCUCUGCUCUGUUUUUUUUUUUUUUACAAGCUUCUACCAAACUUUUUGUACAUAAUUUUCUUUUUUGUUUAUCAAUAAAUUUAACAUUUCAACAAAAAAAAAAAAAACGUGGUCUUGUUGAUUAAUGAAUUUAAUGUAAGAGAUUACAGCCCUGUUCGUUUUAUUGUUGCGGCGAUGGCGAUCGGCGACCAAUAAAACAGCUUUAUUUCUCUUUCAAAAUCUUCAUCUCUCCCAUUUUCCAGUCCCUGCGACUUAAAUCUUAGGAUUUCGGAUCGCCAAAAUAAUUAGCGACACCACCUAUACCUUGAAUUAAAAGUAGCGACAGUCGCUGGUUUUGAAUCCAUUGAUUAAGA